CCACAGUAUCUGACUUUUAAUGAUCUUCAGUGGCAGGCAGACAGGCUGACAGACAAAAUGCAAUGGCUCUGUAUUACACUAAGGUGACAAUGGUAGGCCAAGUUUACUCUGUCCUGUUUCUCUCCCAGACAUAUAUGAAGAUGUGCAGAUCUGUCCACCCCCUGUUCCUGCAAAGCUGCCGGUGGAUUGUGACGUGUAUUCAUUCAUGGCUCUUGCUCUCUGUGAUUACGAUGCUGAGGCCGAUGAUGAACUGUCCUUUAAAAUGGGAGAAAUCAUCACAGUUAAAAAUGACAGUGACCCUGGCUGGUGGUUUGGAGAGACUGACAGAGGGGCUGGGCUGUUUCCUGCUAACUAUGUAGCAGCUGAACAAAACAUUUCAGAAUCAGAAGCAGAUGAAGACACUUAUUAUGAAAAGCCUCCCGGAACUGACAGACAGACUUCAAGGAGUGACUCUGAUUUGAGGAUCGUGCUGCUGGGGAAGCCUGAAGUAGGGAAGAGUGCUUCAGGAAACACAAUCCUGGGAAGCGAGGAGUUUGAAUGUAAAACUUCACUGGGAAGAAUGGGUGAUGUGAGGAAGAAGUGUGUGAAGAGGGAAGCUGUAAUCGAUGGGAGACGGAUCUCUCUCAUUGACACGUCUGGCAUGCUUGACCGGAGCCGCUCCAGUGAUGAAAUUCUAUCAGAGAUGGUAAAGUUCAUCUUUCUGUCUUCUCCGGGACCUCAUGUUUUUCUCCUGGUCAUACAUCCAGGAGGACUGACUGAAGAAGACAAAGAAGCAGUGGAGGUGUUCCAGGAAGUCUUUGGUGAGGAAUUCAUGAGCAACACGAUUGUGCUUUUCACACUCUGGGACCAGCUGAGAGGUGGCAAGAUCAAGGAGGUUCUGGAACGCGAUGAGGAGCUCCAGCAGCUUGUGGAGCGCUGUGGGAACAGGUAUCACUCCUUUGACAACAAAACAGGAGAUCACGCCCAAGUGAGACAGCUCUUUGAGAAAAUAGACACAAUGAUGGAGGCCAAUGCAGGGAGCUACUACACCAAUGAGAUGUAUCAGGCAGCUGCUGAAUUGCAUGAAUUAACAGAAGACAAUUUAACCGUGAAGGACAACACAAAGCUGAGCAAGAAACAAGAGAAGUUGAAAGCAAAGUGUCUCAAGGAGUCACGGAAGUUGAAAUCAAUGGAGAUGAAGAGAAAUCUAGAGGUGAAGUUUCAAACCUAUCUGAUGUUCAGCAGGACCAUGUCUCAAGGAAGACUGGACAAAACGAAACAGAAAUGUGUUAUACAGUAAACAGCGCUGCAGAAUGCACUGGGCUACAGAAUGCACUGGACUACAGAAUGCACUGGACUACAGAAUGCACUGGACUACAGAAUGCACUGGACUACAGAAUGCACUAGACUACAGAAUGCACUGGACUACAGAAUGCACUGGGCUACAGAAUGCACUGGACUACAGAAUGCACUGGGCUACAGAAUGCACUAGACUACAGAAUGCACUGGACUACAGAAUGCACUGGACUACAGAAUGCACUGGACUACAGAAUGCACUGGACUACAGAAUGCACUGGACUACAGAUAGUGUAUUUUGCCCACUUUCUUGAUAAUGUGAUGAUUCUAAGGCACAUCUAGUUUGAUGAAACUUGGGGGCUGAUUCCAGGAUAGGUGCAGUGCAAAAAAAAUGUGGCCGUAAAAUCCAGAUUGCUUUGCGGCCAAGAACUGCGCCCUAUGUCAUCUUAAAACCAAUGCGAAGUAUUGAAUAUUAAGAACUGCAGUUAUAAUACUGAGGAUCUAGCCUACGAGUGCUGACUGCAUUGGGUUAUUCAGUUUGUUUUUCCCAGCAGCAGAGAAACACCCUAAAUGUGAACAAUGUUUUUGAACUUUGUAUUUGUAGGCUGCUCACUGAUUGAUGUGCUGCUUCCUCUGAAGGUGAUUUUGUACUACAGCUGUAUGAUUCUGCAAUACUGUGCACCUCCUAUCAGGAGGCGUCAUUUUUUUGAGAGGUGCACCGAUUGCCACAGUGCAAGGCAACCAUCCUGACAUCUCAUUAGAAUGUUUGCUCUGCUUGGUAUUCCAGAUCCCCACCCAGUUCCAUGCUCUUUUCUUCAUUUGAAUUAAUUUCAGCAUUAUUUAAAUAGUUUAACGAUGGCAGAGUGGAGAUUCGAAUGCGGGUGCAAUGUCAGGUUAACACUAUUCUUACAUUUUUAUUGGCUAUAAAGUCACAGUUUUUACAGUGUUUUUUACUGCAAUACGGUUGCAUUGCGGCCACAGUGCAUUCUGCACCCAUCCUGGAAUCAGCCCCUUGGUAUUAACAUGGUUUAGUUUUUAAAUGAUUUUAGGUGCAAGGGAUAUAAAGGCUCUUUUUGGUUAAAUUGUGGUGAAACAUUAUUUAGUAUGUUAAUGUAAUGAAGGUGUCUCUCUGUCUGUAUACCCUGAUUGUCCGUCUGUCUGUCAUUUUCCCAUGUAUCAUAUUAAGUUAUUCCAUAUAAUCCUGUAAGGAGUUGCACUUUUGAAUGACAUCAUAUAAUCAUAUCAAUAAACAAAUCAAUACACAAGCAGUUAGUUCAAUCUGGUUUGAGUGAUCACCGUGCAAGGUUGUUAUUUCCUAUUGAAUCAUGUUGUAAGAGCUCAGAAUAGAUACAGUUGGUUCACACCACAUCACACCAGUUAAUCCUUUCCCUAUCAGCUCCAAUAAUGCUC